GUUUGUUCCGCCUUCUCCCUUUUCCUUCAGUUCACGUCUACAUCAUGUCUCUUCCUCAACCAGUUCCCCCUUCAUGGAAGGACCUCGGAAAGUCCUCUAACGACUUAUUGGGGAAGGACUAUCCUUUCCAUGGCACAUCUCUGGAGGUCAAGACCAAAACGCCAUCCAAUGUCGCGUUCAAAGUUGGUGGAAACAGGGACUCGAAAUCUGGCGCCAUUGCCGGGGACAUCGAGGCCAAGUACACCGACAAGAAGAACGGCCUGGUUUUCACCGAGACGUGGACCACUUCUAACGCUCUCAAAUCUCAGCUCGAGCUCGAGAACUACCUUGCCAAAGGCCUCAAGCUUGACAUCGCCACGUCAUUGACGCCCGACAAGGGCCAAAAAUCAGCCUUGCUUAACGUGAUCUACAAACAGUCUGGCGUCCACACCCGUGGCGCAUUCGACGUGUUCAAGGGCCCCACCUUCACCACUGACACUGUCUUCGGUCGCGAUGGCUUCUUGUUUGGCGCUGAGACUGCGUACAACGUCACCGAGGGUAAGAUCACUCGGUAUGCCGCUGCCAUCGGUUAUAACGCUCCCGAAUACGCCGUGACUGUUCACGGUCUCAACAACCUCAAAACUUUCACUGCGAGCUACUACCACCGUGUCAGCGCUGAUGUAGAGGCUGGUGCUAAGGCUGUUUACGACACCAAGGCAACGACUUCAGGCGUUGCUCUUGAGGUGGGCACUAAGGCGUAUCUUGAUUCGGCUGCUUUCGUCAAGGCAAAGAUCAACAACUCCGGUGUUCUCGCUCUUGGCUACACACAGGCCCUCCGUCCUGGUGUUAAGGCUUCCUUCGGUCUUGCCCUGGACACUCAACGCUUGAACGAAAUCAGCCCCACUGGCCCAACUCACAAGGUCGGAGCUAACAUCGUGUUCGAGUCGUAAAGCUACGGCAGUUCUAUAGCUAGUUGUGCCAUUCCGCAUCAUUAAUGACAUUAUCGUACUACGUAUUGCUAAGUAAUGCACUGUAUUGCUUAGCCUAUACUUACAAUCUCAAACAAAAUGAUGGUUGCUAUCAACUCGAACUUCGCAUCCAAGAGUUGAUCCAUCCUGUGCUGGUACGUGGAUGCAUGAUGUCAUG